AUGACCAUAGACGACGAUUCUAAUAACCAAAAUGAGGACAUCUUACAAUCAGAACAACAACAACAACUUUAUUAUAAUCAACUUUUGGAAAAAACAGAAGAAAAUGAAAAUUUAUUAAUUCAAAUUUCUGAACAAAAACAACAAAAUGGAUUAAUUUUAACGUCUCAAAAUAAAUUUUUGAGUGAUUUGGAGAAAAUGUUAAUUUUUAUUUUAAAAUUAAAUAAUGAUGAUAUUGAAGAGGAAGGAAUUUUUGGAAAUGAAGAGGAAAGAGAUUUGCCAGAUAUUGAUGAUAUUUAUUCCAAUUUUUUACAAAAAUCUUUGAAAAUUAAAAAUAUUUUUGAAUCAACUAGAAACGAAUUAAAUGAAGUUCAACAAUACAAUGACACACUUUUUGAUCAAAUUGAAACAUUAAAAGAAGACAAUGAUUUGUUUAAAUGUAAAUAUAAACAACAGGAAGAGACAAAAUUGAAGAUUGAAUUUGAAUUAAAAUCUUUGUGGCAAAAAUAUACAGAAAAUUUAAAUUUACUCGACAAUAGCAAUAAAACAAUUAAAGAAUUUGAAGAAAAAGUAGUUAAUCUUUCAAAUGAAUUGACAUCAAAAAAGAAUGAAAUUUUGGAACUUGAAACAGAAAAUAAAGUUUUGGAAGAAGAAAAGGCUUCAUUAAAACAAAAUAUAAAUUCAAUUGAACAACUUGUUGGUAGUUUAAGAAGAGAAAAUGCAUCAUUACAAAAUAAAAUUGUUGAAUUGAAAGAAAAAUCAGCUUCUUUAACGUUAAAAUUAAAUGAAGAAAAAAGUCGAUUAGAAAAAUUGGUUAAUUUAUUAAAUUCCAUUGUUGAUAAAUUUAAAUCAAAUGUUGUUAAUUUAACUAGUUUGGAUGAAUUUAUAAAUGAAGGAAUUGAAAAUUGUAAAAAUGAGGAAGAAAAGAAAUUUCUGGGGGAAAAAGGAGAAGGAGAAGAUUUACAAAAUAAUAAUUUUGUUGUGGAACAACUUGAAAAUGAAAUUACAAAUUUAAAAAUACAACUGGCAACAGCUGAAGCUUUAGCUGAAGAUCUAUUAAAUCAAAAAUCUGCAUUAGAAAUAGAAAAGAAUUUAUUAAUUUCUGAACGUAACAAUUUAUUAAAUUUACAAAAUGAUUUGGUUGAAUGUCAAAAUAAAAAUGAAAAACUUUCUCAAGAAUUGGAUAAAUUAAAUAAAAAUGUGAAGGAAAAUAAUAAAAUUUCAGUAAAUUUUGAUGAUUUACAAACACAAACAGAAUUAAUUAAAAUUUGUCAUAAAAAUGUACAAGCUGAAAAAGUUGAACAUUUAAUUGAUGCUCAAAUACAAUGUGAUGAAGAAAAUAAAAUUGAAAUGAAAACAAUUGGAGUAGAAACUGAUGGAUUUGUAGAAGAAAAAAUUUUAUUUAAAGAUGUUGCUGUUGGUGAAGAUGAAUGUAUUCAAGAUCGACAAGAAUUUGAAAGAGAUAUGGAUAUAAAUGUACAACAAUUGUUGGAAUUAAAAAACUCCUUGGAAACUUCAGUAGAAAUUUUGAAAGGAGAAGUUUGGGCUUUAAAUGAAGAAAUUAAAAAGCGUUUUUCUGAACAAAAUGUACUUAAAAAUAGUCUUGAACAAGUUGGAAAUUUGGUUAAACAAUUACGUUCAGAAAAUGAUAAAUUAACUUUGGAAGUGGAGGAAAGAAAUGGCGAACUGAUUGAAUUAAAAAUUAAAUUGGAAUAUUAUCAGGAGAAUGAGAAAGUAAUGGAGAAGGAAAAUAUGAAUCUUUGUUCUUCUAUUGAAACAGAAAUGAAUAAAAAUGAAAAACUUACAAAACUGUUAAUUAAUUUUAACGAGAAAAAUGCUCCAGAAAUGUCGUUACUUCGCUAUGAAUUACAACAAUUAAAAGAAGCACAAAUUGAAGCAAAAAAUUUGACAGAUUUUAAACAAUUGUUUGAAUAUUUGAAACAAAUUAAGGAACACAAAUGUGGAAGAAAUCAUCUCCACGAUUGUACAACUAAACUAGCACUUUUAUCAUCAAACUUAACAAUAAAAAAUCGGGAUAAUGAAGCUUUAGUUCGAGAAAAUAAUGAAUUGAUUGAGACAAAUGCUAAAUUACAAAAUGAAUUGGAUGAAAUUUUGAUGAAGAUGAAAGAAAAUGAAAAAGAAGAAGAAGAAAAUAACAUAACAACACCUUUUGAAUUAAAUAGAGAUGAUGGAGGAAGAAGCGAUUUUGAAGUUGAUAAAACCUUUGAUUUAUCAGAAAAUGAAAAGAUUAAUUCUGAAAUAAAUUUGUUUUCUUCUACUAGUGAAAAUAAUAAUAAAAUUAUUAAUGAGGUUAUAAUCGAAGAAGAAGGAAAAAAUUUGUUUGAAGAAAGUUUAUGGAAUUGUGAUGAGGAUGAAAAUAAUAAUGAGGAGGAAAAUAUUGUUGACAAUGAAAAUAAACAAGAUUUAAAUGAGGAUAAUAAUAAUGAUUGGGGAUGGAAUGAUGAUGAGGAGGAGGAGGGAAAUAAUAAAGAUGAUCAAGAUAAUAAUAGAUUUGAGGAGGUGGAAAAUAAAGUUAAAAAAGAGGAACAUGAUUUGUUAUUAAAUACUAAAGAGGAAGAAGAUACUAAAAUUAAUAAAAAUGAAGAAAUUGAUGAUAAGCAAGAUGACUUUGAGGGAGAUGAUUGGGCUUGGAAUGAUGAUGAUAAUGGCCACCAAAUAUUGUCAAAAAUGACUGAUAAUAUGUCUGUAAAUUGUGAACAACAACACAAUUCCAAUUUGAAUCAAAAAGCCAAUAAUGAACAAAAAGAUGUUAAAUCACUUUUUGAUGAUUGGGGUGACUUUUAAUGAGUUUCAAAAAUGGUUUGACUUUUUUUAGAAUUUCUUUUUUAGACAAAUUUACCUAUAUCUUGUUAUUUUAAUGAGAUUAAUUAUUGUAAAAUGCCUUUAUAUAUUUAAGUAAACUCUUUCAAGUAUAAUCACAAAAUACUUUUCUUUUUAAUUUCUAAAUUUGGGGUUAUUUUUAAAGGGGAUUUUUGGGACACAUUUUUACGUCAAAAUAUUAUAUAUUUUGUAGAGAACGUCCGAAACUUUAG